GGGGUGGGGAGAAGCAGGAGGCGGGUGUGGAUUUAUUUCAACCUUAAAUUGUUGUCUUUUUUUUUUUCCACGUCUCGCCUGAAGCUGGUUGGAAGGAGCUCCCUGCCUUUGGAAUUGCUGUCUUAUCUUACUCUGUGUGCUCCUGUCCCCCACUACGGCCCCCGCCCCGACGUGCGCGUAUAUUGUAGCCUCACGCACUCGCGUGUGCCUCCCCCCCCCCCCCCCUCCCACCGGAGUCCUCUGUAGCCGGGAGAGAGGGCGAGGAAGGACUCCGUUUGGGAGACUAAAUGUUUCUCCCCGGCCAAGUGCCCCUUGUGCAGCCAGAUACGAGCUACGGAGGAGGAAGAGAGGAGAGUCCUCAGUUUGCUGUUGCUGCUGCUGUUGCUGCUGCCGCUGCUGUUUGAAAAGGGUCUUCUCCUAAGAGCUGAAGAGCUAAGAUCCCAGAUGGCUAAUGCUAUGAAUGGCCGGAACCCUGGUGGCCGAGGAGGAAACCCCCGGAAAGGACGGAUAUUGGGCAUUAUUGAUGCUAUUCAGGAUGCAGUUGGACCACCUAAACAAGCUGCAGCUGAUCGAAGGACUGUUGAGAAGACUUGGAAGCUCAUGGACAAAGUGGUGAGACUAUGCCAAAAUCCCAAACUCCAAUUAAAGAACAGUCCACCAUACAUACUUGAUAUUUUGCCUGACACGUAUCAACAUUUGCGACUCAUACUGAGCAAAUAUGAUGACAACCAGAAACUUGCACAACUCAGUGAAAAUGAAUAUUUUAAAAUCUACAUUGAUAGUUUGAUGAAAAAAUCAAAACGGGCCAUUAGACUCUUUAAAGAGGGCAAGGAAAGGAUGUAUGAGGAGCAAUCACAGGACAGGCGGAAUCUCACUAAGCUGUCCCUCAUUUUCAGCCACAUGUUGGCAGAAAUCAAGGCAAUUUUUCCAAAUGGACAGUUUCAGGGUGAUAACUUUCGUAUCACAAAAGCAGAUGCAGCUGAAUUCUGGAGAAAGUUUUUUGGAGACAAGACUAUCGUACCAUGGAAAGUAUUCAGGCAGUGUCUUCAUGAGGUUCAUCAAAUUAGCUCUGGCUUGGAAGCAAUGGCUUUAAAAUCGACAAUUGAUUUGACAUGCAAUGAUUACAUUUCAAUUUUUGAAUUUGAUAUUUUCACCAGGCUAUUUCAGCCUUGGGGUUCCAUCUUACGGAAUUGGAAUUUUUUAGCUGUGACACAUCCUGGUUACAUGGCAUUUCUAACAUAUGAUGAAGUCAAAGCUCGGCUACAGAAAUACAGCACUAAACCUGGAAGCUACAUUUUUAGGUUGAGUUGCACCAGACUAGGACAGUGGGCCAUUGGAUAUGUUACAGGAGAUGGUAACAUCUUACAGACCAUACCUCACAAUAAACCUUUAUUUCAAGCCCUGAUUGAUGGCAGCAGAGAAGGAUUCUAUCUCUAUCCUGAUGGACGGAGUUAUAAUCCUGAUCUGACUGGAUUGUGUGAACCUACACCACAUGAUCACAUCAAAGUUACACAGGAACAGUAUGAAUUAUAUUGUGAAAUGGGCUCCACUUUCCAGCUCUGUAAAAUCUGUGCAGAAAAUGAUAAAGAUGUGAAGAUUGAGCCUUGUGGGCACCUGAUGUGUACUUCUUGUCUUACUGCAUGGCAGGAAUCAGAUGGUCAAGGCUGCCCUUUCUGUAGAUGUGAAAUAAAAGGAACAGAACCCAUCAUUGUAGAUCCUUUUGAUCCAAGAGAUGAGAGCUCCAGGUGCUGUAGCAUCAUCGAUACAUUCAGUAUGCCUAUGCUGGAUUUGGAUGAUGAUGAUGAUCGAGAAGAAUCUUUAAUGAUGAAUCGUUUGGCUUCUGUUCGAAAGUGCAAUGAAAGGCAGAAUUCACCAGUGACAUCACCUGGAUCUUCUCCUCUUGCACAGAGACGAAAGCCACUUCCAGAUCCUCUUCAGAUACCACAUCUGAGCCUUCCACCAGUACCUCCUCGCCUGGAUCUAAUUCAGAAAGGUGUAGUUCGUUCUCCAUGUGGGAGCCCAACUGGUUCACCAAAGUCUUCUCCAUGCAUGGUGAGAAAACAAGAUAAACCACUGCCUGCACCUCCGCCUCCCUUAAGAGAUCCUCCACCACCUCCACCUGAAAGACCUCCUCCCAUCCCACCAGACAACAGAUUAAGUAGACAUUUCCACCAUCUGGAGAGUGUACCUUCUAGAGAUCAGCCCAUGCCCCUUGAAGCCUGGUGCCCCAGGGAUGUGUUUGGCACAAAUCCUUUGCUUGGAUGUCGAAUCCUAGGGGAUGGCUCACCUAAACCUGGACUCACUGCUAGCUCAAACAUAAAUGGAAGGCACAGUCGAAUAGGCUCUGAUCAAGUACUUUUGAGAAAACACAGACGCCAUGAUUUGCCUUUAGAAGGAGCCAAGGUCUUUUCUAAUGGUCACCUGGGAAGUGAAGAAUAUGAUGUCCCUCCCCGACUUUCCCCUCCUCUUCCAACUACAUCCUUCCUCUCUAACCUAAAGUGUCCUAUUCCUUUAACAAAUAGUCUGUCAGAAAAAAUAAAAGAAAAUGUUGAGGAAGAAGAUGAUGACUACAAGAUUCCUUCAUCUCAUCCUGUCUCCCUGAGCUUACAACCACCCCAUUGUCAUAGUAUAAAGCCUCCUUUACGGUCAUGUGAAAAUGGUCAGUGUAUAAUGAAUGGAAUACACAGUUCCUCAUCCGAGCUGAAGAAAUCAAACCCCCCUGAAUUAGGUAUAUAUAUAAAGGGAGAUGUUUUUGAUUCAGCUAUUGUUCCAGUGCCAAUACCACCUGCCAGACCUCCAUCCCGGGACAAUCCAAAGCAUGAUUCUUCACUCAACAGGACGCCCUCUGAUUAUGAUCUUCUCAUCCCACCAUUAGGUGAAGAUGCUUUUGAUGUCCUCCCCCCUUCACUUCCACCACCCCCGCCUCCUGCCAGGCUUAGUCUUAUUGAACAUACAAAACCUCCUGGCUCUGGGAGCCGGCCAUCCUCAGGACAUGAGCUCUUUCUUCCUCCUUCAGAUCCCUUUUUUGAUCCAUCAAAUGGUUUAGUACCUAUGCCUCCUGCUCGAAGAUUAGCAAGUGAAAAUGUCAAAACGAAUAGGACAUCCCAAGACUAUGAUCAGCUUCCUUCAUCUUCAGAUGGUUCCCAAGCUCCCGCCAGACCCCCUAAGCCACGCCCCCGCAAGACUGCACCAGAAAUUCACCACCGAAAAGCCCACGGCCCUGAGGCAGCUUUGGAAAAUGUGGAUGCAAAAAUUGCAAAACUUAUGGGAGAGGGCUAUUCUUUUGAAGAAGUGAAAAGAGCCCUAGAAAUAGCCCAGAACAAUGUUGACGUGGCACGUAGCAUCCUAAGAGAAUUUGCCUUUCCUCCCCCUGUCUCUCCGAGGUUAAAUCUAUAGCAGCCUGGAUUCUGAAUCUCUAAGAUGUAAAAUCAGCAAGAUAAGGAAUUCUGGGAAUGUGGAAGUGAGAGCAAAUGCAAGAUGGAUUUUAAAAGAGAAAGUUUUUCUCUCUUUUGCUUCCUUAGAAGAGAGCCUGGCUGGUGCAGCUUAUCAAAGGAAGACAGACAGCUGCUGGACUGAAGAUGUCAAUGGGCUGCUUGCGGCUUACAAUAUUUUUGCUAGCCAUACUUUUAAAUCAGGGUUGAACUGACAAAAAAUAAUUUAAAGAAGUUUACUUCCCUUGAACUUUGAAUCUGUGAAAUGCUUUUCCUUGUUUACAAGUUGGCAAGUUACAGUUUUGUUUUGUUUUGUUUAAUUUGCUAUCUGUACUGUGUUCCUGUACAUGACCCUUCCUUCAUAGAGUAGUCAGGUCUACUGUAGCAUUUGCCAGCAACUUACCUUGCAUCCGUAUAAUCAGCAGAAUCAUCAGGUUUUAUUUCAAUUUGAUUUUCCCCUCCACAUGCCCAUUUCUGAUUCUCUGAUUUAUGAGAUGUGUUAAUGGUUUUGAAAUUCAAUUUAGUGAACAAAUGCAAAAAAAAAAUGUGGCCUUCACUACUGAGUCUUUUCUUCUGAAACCAUCAGUUUGGGGUGGUGGGAGAGGGAUUGGAGGGGAGGGGCAGAAUCUGAAUGUAUAAUGCAUUAUUUGAUCGAGGAACUAUUCUUUCUGAGAUAUUUGAGCAGCAAUGGAGAGCUACCUUUGUUUUUAGUGUAGAUGUUGGAACCUUUGAUCUGUCAAAUCCUGAUGUAGGCCACCACAGCUCUAUCUCAGCUCUGCAAAACCUAAGAGAGAUCACCAUACAACUGCUGCAGAUUUGAGCAAAAUCCAACUGCAUACGAGGAAAAUGCUGUACUGAAGUUACUUAAUGAGGUCACCUGCUAUUUCUGCUGCACUACCUUUGGGCAUACUGAAUAAUGGGGCCUCCUCUUUGAAUUAUAUUAAUAAUUUUCAUGUAAAAUUAUGGUCAAACCUUUUAUCCAGAGUGGAAUACAGUUCAUUUCCUGUUUGAAUGAUUAUACUUGGUUCAUAAUGGCUUUGGGAGCCAGUUCAUAUUAACUUGGAAACUUUAAAUCUUUGAUGCACUGUUAAGUGCUGAUGCUACUGUGGCAAUAUUUUUUUCCAAAGUUCUUAGUAAUUUCCUCCUUGUGAACUCAAAUUAGAAUCUAUAUUUAAUUCGAAGAUUCACUCCUUCAUUGCCCCUUCUAAUUAGGUGAAAAUGUUCAAAAAUCUUUUCAUAGAGAAGUGAUUCCUCAGAAGCCAUUUUGCAAAUUUUAAUCAAUUUCCAGGUAUUAAGUACAUAUAGCCAGCACCAUUUUAGGAACUGCAUAAACUGAUGCUAGCUUAUGCUAAGCUAAAACUUCAUCAUUUUUUGCCUCAUAUUUUGUUUAUAAAAUUCUCCCUAAUUUAAAAAAAAAAGAAGUAUUUUUCAGAUAGCCUUUUUGGGAUUUCAAGGCUAUUUUUAUAUUCCCUUGCCUUACAGAAAGAAUGAUAGGAAAUAAGAUAAAGCUAAAUCAUUGAGCCCCUUUCUUCAUUGUAAAUUGCCUAGUCCAUGUAGGAAUACUUUUUCUAAUAUCGGCUAAUCUUGAAGGUAAGUAGGUGUCUUCUGCCACUCUUGUUUCUCCAUUGAUAGAGCAUGUUGGAAAAGAUAUUCCAUUUAGGAAACCUGACUUCAUGGAUGGGUGAAUCUGUCUGCAGUGUUUUCAUUUUUUUUUAAACCUUUACCUUCUGUCUUAGAAUCUAUACUAAGUAUUAGCUCCAAGGCAGAAGGAUAGUAAGGGUUAAGCAGUUGGUUGGGAUGAAGUGAUUUGGCCAGUGUCACACAGCUAGGAAGUCUGGGGUCUCCUGUCUCCAGACCUGGCUCUCAAUCCACUGAGCCACCUCAAUACCCCAGUCUGCAGUAUUUAAAAGAACAUUUACCAAAUACCUGAAAGCAGACCCAGUGGCCAUUUAGCAUUAUCCAAAAACUAAUUCUGGUGUUUCGAAGGCAGCUGGUGAGAGGAAGUAGAAGGAGCACAUCUUAAAAUACAAUCCUAUUCAAAGCAGCCCAUAGCUCUUUCCCGUUCUUUCAGCCCCAUGAUAUGAGAUUUGAGAAUUGUAUAGACACUUAUCUUGGCUCUUUGGUUCUAUUAUUUGAUUUUCUGCAGGUGUCUCUCAGGUGAUGGUAGACCUGAAAGGGGAAUUGCUUUUGUAUGAGGUGUUCCUCCCAUCAAUAGGCAUACCAAAGCCCCCAAAUGGGAAUAUUUUUACUCUCCCUUUUCUGGGUUUUCAGUAACUAAUUUCUUCACUGUUCUUUUGACAGCAUGCUUGGCUCUCCGAUUUGUACAUUGGUUACCUCUUUAAGGAAAUACUAUAUCACAUUGUACAAAUUUAAAAGCAAAGUUCUAAUUGUGUGUGUGCUAUUAAGCUAAAAGUGGCUGCUUUAUUGGAAUAACAAUCUCUUCCUCCUGCCAUCACAGAAAUGAUGAAAAAAUAAUGCAUUAACACCUCCACGGGUUUCAAGUUCUCAGAAUUUAAAGUGAGCCUUCACAUGUCUGCCAGGGAAGAUAGUUUAAUAUUUAACAAAUUUGAUCUAGAUCUUCAAACCAAUGAGCACUAUUUUUAAAGUAAAAACUACUGUCCUACACGGAAAACUUCUUGACUGAUCAAAAUGUCAACUUUUGUGUUCAACAGUUUACAUUAGUUUUAUCAUCUCGGGAAAAAAAAAAGUCAAAAAUUCUGCAGCAACAGAGAAAAGGGUUACUUCAAACAUGAAAUUAAAUGUGGGGUACUGUUUGAAAGGAAUUAUUGCUCUCUUAACAGAGGAUAACAGAUAGAUUAUUUUGAGAAUAUCUACAAUAUUAAAGAACUCCCUCUACCUAAUGUUGUGUUUCUGUAGUGAGAAAUGAUCUAGAUUUUAUGUGCCUGUAACCUAAGAAGGGAUAUAUAUAUUUUCUCUAUGUGUCAAAAAAUAUCUACAGAAUUAUUUUGAUCAGUGUCCUGUAUGAUAAAAGAGAGAGUGGAUGAAAUUUAAAUUCCUGUAGGUGUUUUUUUGUGGACAAACUACCCAUUGACUUUCCAGUUCACUAAUUUUCCCCCUUCUGCUACUUCCUACUUCUUUGUUUUAUAUGUCUAUUAUUGUACUGUUGGAAAACAAGAUUUAGAUCCUAGCCAGACUCUCUAAAAGUUAACCAGAGCAGUGUCCAUGCAUAGCUUCAGCCCAACUCCCUUCCAAAGAGAUGGCUCUUACUCCUCUUUUCCUAUCCCUGCCCCCUCACACAUUGCAAAUGGUCAAUAGAGCCCUGAUCGUAACUCUCAAGGGCCCAUUUUUUAUAACUGUGUCAGUAUUUCACAUUCCAAGAACACUUGGCAAAGAUUUCUUCAUAAUGUGAAUUUUUUUACGCACCAGAAGCAUUUCCUAUAGUUAUUUGGAAUUUUUUUCUCUUGACUUUUCAACUUGAAGCUUUACUUUGCACUUAGUAUCUGACUUGGUUAUAUUUUAAAUUUGUGUCUUAAGCUUGACAGAUUUGGAAGCAAACUACAGUAUAUUUUAAAUAGUUUCAGGUACUACCUGUUGACCUGGGAUUUAAUGCUUCUAAGAAAAGUUUCCAGGAAAAAAAAAAAAGACCGCAAUCAAGUGCAUAUUGAAGGGUUUUCUUCCAAAUAACUAUUUUAUCAGUAAAAAAAAAAAGAAAUACUUUUAAAAAUUUGUCUAACAUGUGGCAAAUAUAGUUAUGUGGUCAAUUAAUUUAUAUUUUAUUCAAUGUUAUUUUCCAAUUCUGGUUAUUAUGUAACCUCAAGUACUUUAUCUGUUCUUGUAAGGUAUUUUAUAAAAUGAAUGUUACCAGAA